UACCAUCUGUUAUUCAAUAUUUCCUGCUUCAUUACACUUGCAUCGAUAAAACGUUCAUAUAUUUGUCGUCUUGUCGAUUUAUUUGCAAUAAAGUUGUGUUAUACGUUCGUUCAAAUAUAGUUCGUAAUGUCAAGGAACCUACAUCCAAGUUUUCAAGAUAAAACGGUGAUUUAUUUGCGUUGUAAAUGCUGUGACCGGUGUCUUUGUGCUCGUGGUAUGAAAGCCAUUUUGCUCGCCGAUACAAAAGUCGAACUUUACUCGACAGAUUUACCCCCGGAACAGUAAGUAAAACGCAUUUGUUUUGCGAAAUUUGUUUGGAAUGUAACACUGUUUAGUUUUGUUAAAUAUUACCAAUACAUUAUCGCCGUUUUAGAUCAAUUCAGUUGAUAGGACAAGACUACAGAACGAAGAGUUGUUUCUGUCGAAUAAAAGAUGUUGCUUGCUUAGGAUGGUAUGAGCUCUCAAUAUAUUACUUUAAUACUUAAUGAACCGAAAGCCAAGAAAAAUGGAUAACAAACGAGAGGUCCAAGGCGCAUGUGGAGGUCUUAUUACCUAUCUUAAAAUAAAAUACUGCCUUUCAGUACGCAAGCCAUGACAAAAGUGGAUUAUAUGAGGCCCCACAUUGUCAAAACCAUCAUCUAUUGUUUGGAAUGGUGUAAUAUAUAUUUAAUAAUUAUUUUAAUUAUUAUAUUGCAGUGGCUGUGUUGUUGGGUACCAUGUUAUCCUGCCAUGUUCAUCAUGUUUGAGUUCUUGUAAUAAUGGUCAUUUUUGGAUGUUUCAUUCCAACGUCACAUAUCCCUUGGAAAGACUUGAUUCAACAGGUACUGAUCAGUCAUUUAUGUUCAAGACAACAGCAUAAAUAGUCAUUUUUUUUAAAUGCUCACCUGCAGUUCAAUGCAGUACCUUCCAGAAUGAAUGUCACUUUGGCUAUGGAGCCUCGUUUUCAUGUAUGUGACAUUACUUAAAGCCUAAUGUCUCAAUCAUGAAAAUGAGGCUCGGUAGCCAAGGUGCAGACCUCUCAACUCUCACACAUUCGGCAUGAGUCUCAUGCAAUUCGCUUCUCUCUCACGCCACGUUUAGUAAAUCUCACGUAUAUUUUUUCAUUAAUAUAAUAUUGUAUUCUUAAAUGCACAUUAUUAAUCAUUAUACGGAUCGCGAAUCGAAUAUAUAAUCGCGUGUUAUUCAUGUUCCGGCAUAUACGGCCCAACAUUUUGCCCGCAAUUUGGAUACAAAAUAGUACGCAUAUGUGAAUACAGCGGACAAAAGGCAGAAUCAGUCGGAGCAGAAUUCUAUAUGUAAAUUAUCAAAGGCAAAUGAAAGCUCAUUACUGUAUGUCGCAGAAAUACAGUUAUUGUAACUAAAGUGCCCUGUCUUAAAGGACUGUAUGAAGCAACGUAUUUCAUUAAAAAACACCUCAGAAUGUACAAAAUGCCAUUUCAGACUCCCGGACUUUUACAAAGGUGUCAUCCACAUCCCCAAUCUCACACUUAACUUCUCUGCAAAGUUGAGAGGUCUGAAGGUGAUAUUCUUAGCAGGUAGUUCAGACAGAAACCAUAUGGCAGCUUAAUUAUUGUAGAAUACUACCUACACUGGACCACCAUGUUUGAGAUAUCUUUUUCAGGUAGUUCAGACACAAACCAUGACAACUUAUUGUAGACUUACUACUACAGGUCCUAAUAUAUACUGGAUUUCUAACUUUCACUGAUGUAAUUCAGGCAAAAAACUACAACAUAUUAUUGUACAGCACUGCUUUCAUUGAACCACUGUUUGAUACUGCUGUGCUGAGUGGUUAUAUUACUACCUGCAAUAAACAAGCGGAAACUCAACGUUUUGAGCGAAGGCCCUUUGUCAAGAGUUACGUUCGAAGGGCCUUCGCUUGAAACAUUGAGUUUCUACUUGUUUAUUUCAGGUAGUAAUAUAACCACUCAGCACAGCAAUUUCACAUUGGUACUACCCACACUGGUACAGACAGUUCUUGUUUGAUAUAUCUUUCUCAGUUCAGACACUGUCUUUAAUCAAGCCAACAUAUUGUAGAAGACUGCCUACAGUACUGGUCACUGGACAUGCCUGUUCUAUAUAUAACCAUGAAUUAUUAUAUAAAUUUUAGGACACAUCUGUUUUGACAUAUGAAUCUUUAACAAGUCAUACAAUGGCAAAAUAGAAUAUAUCAAGUAAAUAGAUGCAUUAUAUGUUAGACUGUUAAUUAACCGCCAGCGCUCUCCGCUUGACGAGUAAAAUCGUCUGGCGUUAGACAGAGUAAAAUACUAAAGUAGGGUGCAUCAGGGUCCAAUGCGACUCAAUGGGUUAAUGCAGUGCCAGACUCACCUUAACGAGUAAAAUUGUCUGGGUGUAGACAGAGUAAAAUAAUAGGGUACAGUGGGCAUAUUGAAACUAAAUAGGUUACAUUUUUGUUUUCUUUUAAGGGACAGAAGUGAUGGUAUGGGGUGCUUUACCAAGCUGUACAGAAGACACAGAAAUGAGAGACAGUGACCUUGAAAUCGAGUGUUUUCGAUAAACCAGAAUAAUAGUACUAAAAAUGUAUAAUAUAAAACAAGAGAUAAAUUGAAAAUUUUAUGUGUUUUCAAUAUUGUAUAUUUAAUAAUUUUGUACAGUAAAUUAGGUCACUUAGUGACAAGUGUUUGUUUAUUGCCAAUAUUCAUUAUGCAUGCAUUUGAUAUUAUAUCAACACAAAAUGAUACAAGGCCACAUAUUGAUUUAUUAUAGUGUUGAUGUUUAGUGUAUUAUUAUAGUGUAAUGUCUAAAGUUAUUAAAAUAUGUAGAAUGUAAGAAAUGUUAUAAUAAAAUAAUGCAAUUGGUCUGAAAGAGCUAAGUUUAUUUUGUGAUUCAUCGGUUGUGGCCUGCUCGCGGCCCGAAAUUAAAUCCCGAAAUUAUGCAACAAAAUUGGGCUGCUACAUCAGUUGUUACUUGUUUCACAAUUAACUAACUCUGCAUCAGUCAAUGUUUGUCUUUUGUCCCUAUACAAAACCUUUCACCCCAGAAAAUGUAAGGUAUACAUACAAUUAUUAAAGUGUGCCAUUAUAUGGUCUUUGUGAUCACAUUCACACACAUAAUAAGUUACAUUGUGCCCUGCUACAUUUGACACAUCCAAAAAUGUUUUGUACAAUAUCAAAGCACCACAAUGUAUUUUUUUUCAAAAACAUAUUUACAUACUAUCUUCAUCUGAAUAUCAGCUUUUUUAAAAUCUACCUAUCAGAUCUAUCCCCCAAUAAUUUACAACCAAAAUGUAGAAUAGUUCAUAAUUUUAAGUUUACUUUUGACAUGCCUGCGGAAACUCUCACAACAUUUUGACAAAAUGGUUAAACCCAGGUGAGAUGAGCAUGAGAGUUGUCAGUCACGCAUUGUUGCAGGGAUGUUUCAAGCUCCAGAGUAACAAAACAAAACAUUCCAACUAUGUUCUAAUACAUGAUGAUGGUGCUGGGAAAACAUUAAGAACAGCUAACCAACUUUGUGUGACUGCCAACUCUCACCGUUGUAUAAUCUGGGCUUUACUUGUCUGUAAUUAUUUUUAAGGCAUUUAAAGUAGCAAAUGUGAUUAGCAGUACUUGUUUGAUUAUCAUUCAUGUUCAUGUUCAUACAGCAACCAAAAUGCUAUAGGCUAAGAAAAAUGUCAAAUUACAGUAAGACAAUUAAAAUUGGUCGAAUCGGCAAAAACCUGAUUUACUCUAUCAAAGUGUUUUAUCAUAGUUGGAUCAACUUAAAAUUAAUCAAGAAAUUAGCAAUUUUUGUGGUUUACAAAUUGAAAUAUACUUUGAUAGAGUAAACAAAUAUUGAUGCAAUAUGCUAGCCAAUUGCAAUGCCCAUUCCCUAUUCUAUGUUGCAACUGACCUCCCUGUUACCACCCUGUUGUUAUUACCCAGUGACAAAUUGGCUGGUAACAGUAUACACCAAUCAGGUUACAUCAUGUCUAUAUUGAAAGGGGACCAACUCUUGAGUUAUUAACAACCCACAUAUGUUGUCCGAUGGUAAAAAGGAAAGUUGACCACUUUAAAGUGCUGUCCAUCACUUUUGAUUGUAUUAAGUUACAUCGAUGAGAAAUUGUGUAAAAUUUCAUAAACCGACUUGCCUAUCCGAUAUUCAAAUCUAAGCUUCACCAUCAUUUGUCUCUGACUUCACUGUGACACUACAGCUUGGUUCAGUGUCGACUUCAAGCGUCUUUUCAACGGUAACAUGUUCGGGGAUCGUUAUUCCUCCGUUAGCAAAAAGCGAUCUAAGUACGUUCAAUUCUUUUGUCAAAAGCGUAACCUUUGUCUUCAGGUCGCUGUUUUCUUGCGAGAGCAUAUUUACACGAAGCUGUGUUUCUUCGAUUUUCUUUUUUGAUUUGACGCGGCUCUUCCGAACGGCCUCGUUGUUCCUCGCUCUUUUGCGGAGAUAUUCGUCCGUUCCUUUUGGAACCGUUGUCUUGCUGGAACCCUUGCCUUUCUUCUUUGAUGUAUCAAGCAUAUCUGUGUCGUUUUCUUCGCAACCUGACAAGCUUUGCGCGUCAAGUUCUCCGUUCUCCAUCGUUGCGACACACUGCCUUUGUAUUGCGUAAUGGCGU